GCAACGAUAGAAUCGCUUACCAUGCAGAUUUUCGUAAAGACCCUUACUGGCAAGACCAUCACUUUGGAAGUCGAGAGCUCUGACACCAUUGACAAUGUCAAGCAAAAGAUUCAAGACAAGGAAGGUAUUCCCCCAGACCAACAACGUCUUAUCUUUGCUGGUAAGCAAUUGGAAGAUGGUCGUUCUUUGAGCGACUACAACAUCCAAAAGGAAUCCACUCUUCACUUGGUCCUCCGUCUCCGUGGUGGUAUCAUUGAACCCUCUCUCAAGGCUUUGGCUUCCAAGUACAACUGUGAAAAGAUGAUCUGCCGUAAGUGUUAUGCUCGUCUUCCUCCUCGUGCCACCAACUGCCGUAAGAGAAAGUGUGGUCACACCAACCAACUCCGUCCCAAGAAGAAGCUCAAAUAAACUACUCGCCUUGGAGAAAGAGAAAGAGUGUGUUAUUCUCUUUUUUAUUACAUUAUUUUAUCAUUCUUUUUUUUGCUAAAGUAAUAAAAGUAAAA